GUUUAUAAACUGCAUGCUCCCUGGGAGCGCACAGCACCAUGAUCCGGUGCCUGCUGCGUCCUCCGGACACAGUGAAACACUGAGCGUCGGACAGGACCUCUGGCCAAUCAGUGAUCACAUGCAAAGUAGUAAGCAAGAUGUCACUAGUGACAUUGCUUACUACGUGUGAAAUCUGAAUGAUGAGGUCACAUGGUACAAGGCUAUUCACAACAGCCUUGUACCAUGUGAGAUGCUGUGACCAAUCACAGCUCACUCAGUA